UUUUAAGAUUUUAUAUAUUUAUUAUUGGUCUUGGCAACUCUCUAAAGAGGGGUGUUGAUCGAUAAUCAGCAAAUACGAAAAUUUUUAAAACUGUAGAGAUUUUUUCUACCUCUUAUUUGGACGAAAUCUAAUACUGGGUUGUGUAAAAAAGAAAGUAUCUUCUAGAGAUUAAAGUGUGCCCAUUCCAGCUUCAAGUUUAAUUAAGGAGAAAUGAUUGGUGGCUUGUUUGUUUACAACCACAAAGGUGAAGUGCUAAUUAGUCGUGUUUAUCGUGACGAUAUUGGACGCAAUGCUGUGGAUGCAUUCCGUGUCAAUGUCAUCCAUGCACGUCAGCAAGUUCGUUCGCCUGUUACCAAUAUAGCACGCACCAGCUUUUUCCAUAUUAAGCGUGCGAAUAUUUGGUUGGCCGCAGUGACCAAGCAGAACGUCAACGCUGCCAUGGUGUUUGAAUUUUUGCUUAAAAUUAUAGAAGUCAUGCAAUCAUACUUCGGUAAAAUCUCCGAAGAAAAUAUAAAAAACAAUUUUGUUUUAAUUUAUGAGCUGCUGGACGAGAUUUUAGAUUUUGGUUAUCCACAAAAUACUGAUUCAGGUACUUUGAAAACAUUUAUAACACAACAAGGCAUUAAAUCCGCUACCAAGGAAGAACAAAUGCAAAUUACGUCCCAGGUUACUGGGCAGAUCGGCUGGCGUCGUGAAGGUAUUAAAUAUCGUCGCAAUGAGCUAUUCUUAGAUGUGUUAGAAUAUGUUAACUUGCUAAUGAGCCCUCAAGGUCAAGUGUUGUCGGCUCACGUAGCUGGGCGUGUCGUCAUGAAGUCGUACUUGUCAGGUAUGCCCGAGUGUAAAUUUGGCAUUAACGAUAAAAUUGUUAUGGAAUCUCGUAAUCGUGGAUUGUCGGGCAACUCUGAAGCGGAAACCUCUCGUUCAGGAAAACCCAUGGUAGUCAUUGACGACUGUCAAUUCCAUCAGUGUGUUAAACUUAGCAAAUUUGAAACAGAACAUUCGAUUAGUUUUAUACCGCCGGACGGUGAAUUCGAACUGAUGCGUUAUCGCACAACCAAAGACAUUUCGUUGCCAUUCCGUGUUAUACCUUUGGUACGUGAAGUCGGACGCACCAAAAUGGAGGUUAAGGUCGUUUUAAAAUCUAAUUUUAAACCAUCUUUACUGGGACAAAAGAUUGAAGUCAAAAUACCUACACCGUUAAAUACAUCGGGUGUGCAAUUGAUUUGUUUGAAAGGUAAAGCGAAGUAUAAGGCUUCGGAAAAUGCUAUAGUCUGGAAGAUAAAACGUAUGGCUGGUAUGAAAGAGACACAGUUGUCCGCUGAAAUUGAGUUACUCGAAACUGAUACUAAGAAGAAAUGGACGCGUCCACCGAUAUCAAUGAAUUUUGAAGUCCCUUUUGCGCCUUCCGGAUUUAAGGUGCGUUAUUUAAAAGUGUUUGAACCAAAACUCAACUAUUCCGAUCAUGAUGUGGUGAAAUGGGUGCGCUACAUCGGACGCAGCGGUCUUUAUGAGACCCGCUGUUAAAUGCAUCAUAUAUACGCACACAUACAUUUUUAUUGAGCUGAGCUCUUUACAAUACUACUCUUGAGCUGGUUAACUUUGGCGUGUGUAUGAGCGAUUUUUUCUUAUUCGAAAUCACUCAGCCGAUUUCGUCAAAUAAGUAACCAAGUGACGAGGAGGCGACAAUCCUGUUUUCUUUUUGUUUUAUCGAUCAUUAUUUAGAUUCCUUUCACUGUUGAAAUUUUUUUCCAACUGAUAGCAAUUCGCGAUGAAGUACUACGCGAUCGACCUUUUCAUUACUGCUUUAAAUAUUUCUACUACGUGCAUUUUAUAAUCAAUUUUUUUAAUGGCCUCCAGUGAUAUAAAUAGAACAAAUCAUUAUUUGAUUUCUAUGUUAAUUCUGAAAACAUCUUUAUUAAAUUCAUCCGCUUUAGGGUAAUUUUAUCGGCGUCUACACAGAAGUAAAUCUGCCUGCGUAUUCGGCUUUGCUAAGUUGUAUAGUUGUAUAGUGUGCACAACGUUGUAUUAUUAUAAUUAUCUCUUAUUGUUCCAUAUUAUCGCAAAUAACCCAUAAACAUGUUAAAAAAAUUAAUUAGAAUAAAGCUAAAAAAUGACGCUGAAAAUUGAA